AAAUAUAAGAUAAUUAUUUUGAGAAAUAAAAUACUUGAAAAUGUCAAGUUCAGAAGAUGAAAUAAAUGAUAGAAAAAUAAAGGAUAUUUUGCAAGCAGUCGAUACAAAUUUUCUACCUAAUGAUAUUUAUGGGAAAAGUAGGAAUAUUCAAGAUGCAAAAGACGUACAUCCAAAUUUAUCGGAAAAUAACAAUUUAUUCACAUGUAAUGAGCCGUCAAAAACAAUCAAAGAAGUCAUACCUUCCCAAAGAUAUUUGGAAAAUCAAUGUUUUGAACAAGAUCAUUUGAAAAUUUCAGAAACAAUGCAAGAAUUUGUUGCGAAAAAAUUAUCAAAUAUGAUUGAAAAUAAAUUUGAAUUUGUUGAAUUGCCUCCUAUUAAAAAAGUUAAAAAAUCUCAGUCCUUUGUUAACGGGGUCAAGUUGUUAACAGAAUGCGAUAGUUUUAUAAAUCCUGAAAAGAGUGAUAUCAUUGAAUUAUAUACAAAAAAAAAACCACUGAUAAAAAGGAGAAAAUUUGAUUCAGAUCCUAGUGAAAAUUUAUCCCAUUUGGAAAAAAUUAAAUUAGCUGUAAUAGACCCGCAAUGUGUAAUAAAUAAAGAGGAUAUAAGACAUUGGAAUGAAAGGAAAAAAUUUCGAGUAUAUCACUACAAAGGUAUAUCUGGAUCUCCAUUUCAAUUUGUAGAACCUGACAAUGAAUUUACUAUUUUACGAAGAAAAAAUAAUUGGAAUUUGAAAAAAAUAUCGAGGCAAACCAAUUAUUCUAUAGUAAACAAGUGAUCUGUCUUUUUGUUUUGCGAGGGAAUCGGAAUUUCUUAGCCCUUUAAAUUUAGUAUAAAAUAUGUACCAAAUUACAGAUUAAUCAAAUAAAUAUCUCACUUUAUAUUUUA